AAUGCUAAAAAAUUUAAGGAGGAGAGAUGCUCAAAGGAACACUUGGGCUCAAAAUAACUUUUUUCGAAAUUAUCCAUCUUUAUUACUAUUUUUCGUUGGUGUAGGAAAUGUACCAGCACGUCAAAAGGCAAUUGAAGUAGAAUCACGAAAAUAUGGAGAUAUUAUUCAAAUAGGCUUUAUAGACAAUUAUAAGAAUUUAACAUAUAAAGCAACAGGCAUUCAUAAAUGGAUAGCAACUUAUUGCAGUUCAGCCAAAUAUGUUGUUAAAUCGGACGAUGAUAUGUUCAUUAACCCUUUCUAUAUGCUACAGCUAAUGAAAUUGCAUAUGAACAAAAAACGUACAAUCAUAUGUUAUUUGUAUAGUAGAAGUCCAAUUAUUCGAAUGGGAGAUGAAACUUGUAAGGAGAACUUAAGAAAGUGGUGCAUUCCUAAACAUUUUCUACCGGAAAUGAAUAUUUAUCCAACCUAUUGUUCAGGAUCAGCCUUUAUAUACACCGCAGAUCUAUCACUAGAUAUUUACAGUACAACCAAGCAUGUAAACUACUUUUACAUAGAUGAUGUCUACAUGACUGGUUUGAUUUUAAAGUUUAUACGUAAUAUUACAAAAAUUGAUCUUGCCGAAGCCGAUAGAUAUUUAGCCGAUAUUGUUGCCUUUAGUUCUGCUUUGAGGAAAAGAGAAGGCAACCUAUUUGCUACUCAUGCUUUCUAUUUAUUAAAUCAAGAGCUUAAUAUAGCGUGGUACUCCCUUCUGAAAUCAAUGGUUGGACAGGAGUUCGAUGAAGAAAGACAACCUUCGAGCGAUAGCACAGUAGAAAUAAACUCGAAUAAUAAUCAUCAAAAUUACUCAACAAAUCAACAAUCAACUUCCGAUGUAGAAGUAAAAAAUGACGAAAAACCAAGAGCUAUUUGGUCAGGACAUGUUGAAUUUUUACUCUCAUGCAUUUCAUUUGCAGUUGGUUUGGGAAAUAUAUGGAGAUUUCCACAUCAAUGCUACCAAAAUGGAGGAGGUGCAUUUCUCAUAAUAUAUAUUUUAAUGUUGAUUUUCCUUGGUCUUCCAUUGUUCUUCCUUGAAAUGGCAUUUGGACAGUACGCUUCACUAGGACCAAUUACAAUAUGGAGAAUAUGUCCAUUAUUUAAAGAAAUAAAAGAUCACGUUACAGGACUUGGUUAUAUGAUGGUUUUCAUCUCUUCAAUAGUAUCAAUAUACUAUAAUGUAGUAAUUGGAUAUACACUCAUCUUUUUAUUUUAUUCUUUCACUUCUAAAUUACCUUGGUCCUACUGCCAUCCUGGCUGGAUUAAUUGCAAAGCUCACUUCUCAGAUUGUCCCACUAAUACAACUUUAAUUAACUCAACACAAAUAUUAGAAUAUACAACACAAGCAGUAACUGCUACAGCAAAUUUAACAAAAAAUUCUUCAACGGUCAUAAACUGUACGAGUCCGAAUGAUAGGACUCCAUCUGAAAUUUUCUGGUAUGAAAAUGUUUUGGAUCUUUCCGAUGGUAUACACGAAAUGGGUGGGCUCAAAUGGAAAUUAGUCCUAUUUUUACUUUUAGCCUGGGUUAUAGUGUUUCUUUGUAUUAUGAAAGGGAUAAAAAGUUCUGGAAAAGUUGCCUAUUUUACAGGGACUUUUCCCUAUGUUAUCUUAUUAAUACUGUUUUUUAGAGGUGUGACAUUAAAAGGAGCGGGUAAAGGAAUUGAAUUUUAUUUAAAACCUGAUUUUGAGAUGAUGAAACAUUCAAAAGUUUGGAGAGCUGCUGCCGUCCAAAUUCUCUAUUCAUUAGGUCCGGGAUUUGGAGGUCUACUUACAAUGUCCAGUUAUAAUAAAUUUAAUAAUAACUGUCACAGGGAUGCCUUAAUUGUUGCUCUUGUAAAUUCUGGAACGAGCAUAUUUGCCGGAUUCGUCAUAUUUUCCGUUUUGGGUUUUAUGGCUCACGAAACUCAGCAAGAAGUAAAGGAUGUCGUCAAAAAUUCUGGUCCCGGUCUAGCGUUUAUAGCUUAUCCGGAAGCUCUAGCUCAAAUGAAAGGAGGUCCUUUCUGGUCCAUAUGCUUUUUCUUUAUGCUGUUUGUCCUAGGUUUGGGGAGUCAGUUUAUAAUCAUUGCUUCGUUUAUUGAAUAUGAUGGAAUGAAAUACGAAAAUUAUACUUAUCCACAAUGGGCAGAAGCACUUGGUUGGUUAAUUGUUAGUGCAAUUUUACUGUGUUUACCAGUCUAUAUGAUUAUUAAAGUUGCUAAUUGUGUAGGAUCAUUAAAGAAUUUAUGGUGGGUUAUAAGAGGCCCUUAUGCUAUUAAAGUAUUGAAUUUACGAACAUUGAUAGAACCAAGCUCAAAAUGGGGACCUGCUUUAGAGAAAAUUGAAAAAAAUAUUCAUAUUUUAGGUUAG